UCUUCAAAACGCCAGCGUUUUAGAAGCGCUCCAAGCAUGAUCCCAAGUCCCAACCGUUCAUUCCCACGUGGUUUUAGAGGGAGACGCUGCUGCCUCCCCAAGUCCCUUUCUUCAAUCUUCCAGAUUUGUUACAAAGUGUCUCUGUCGUUUUGGUCGAUAAAAAACGAGACCACAACGAGAAGGAAAAACACAGAGGAAGGCCGAUGAUGAUGGCGGUCACGGCAGUCAGACUUCGAGGUUCAGAAGCCUUCUUUAUUGGGUCCCAAAUUCAGCGAUGCCAAAUGAAAAUAAUGGGUAUGAUUCUUCCAUCACUGUUGUCUAGCAACCACUCCAACUCCAUUUCUUCAUCUAGCAGUAACAGUAGCAGUAGCAGUAGAUAUAAACACAAAAAUGAUGAUGCUUCUUCUUCUUUCAGAAACAUUGAUGUUGCCCUUGCUUCUUUCAAUCAAAUGCUUCAUAGGAAACCCCUGCCUUGUAUCAUCCAAUUCAAUCAAUUAUUAUCUGCAAUUGUCAAAAUGAGACAGCAUUACGAUGCUGUGAUUUCUCUUUCCAAACAAAUGGAAUUAGCUGGGCUCUCUCCUAAUACUUGUACGCUUAAUAUCUUGAUUAAUUGCUUCUGCCAGUUGCAACGUAUUGAUCUUGGGUUCUCUGUCUUGGCCAAAGGCAUUAAACUUGGUCUUCAACCCACCAUUGUCACAUUUACCACCUUAAUCAAUGGGCUCGGUAAGGUGGGUAAAUUUGCCCAAGCCGUGGAAUUAUUUGAUGACAUGGUGGCAAGAGGGUGUCAACCUGAUGACUACACUUAUACUACGAUUAUCAAUGGCUUAUGUAAGAUUGGGGAAACUGCACUGGCUGCUGGAUUGUUUAAGAAAAUGGAAGAGGCAGGCUGCCAGCUGAAUGUGGUGACAUACAGUACACUCAUCCACAGUCUUUGCAAAUACAGGCGGGUGAAUGAGGCUUUAGAUAUCUUCUCUGAUAUGAAGGCUAAAGACAUUUCCCCAACAAUUUUCACUUACACCUCUCUGAUCCAGGGCUUAUGCAAUUUCAGCCGAUGGAAGGAGGCUUCGGCAUUGCUAAAUGAAAUGACGAAUUUGAAUAUCAUGCCAAAUGUUGUCACCUUCAACGUGCUAGUUGAUACAUUUUGUAAAGAAGGCAAGGUUUUAGCGGCUGAAGGUGUGUUAAAAACAAUGACUGAAAUGGGUGUGGAGCCUGAUGUAGUGACUUACAAUUCUUUGAUGUAUGGAUAUUCCAUGUGGACGGAAGUUGUUGAAGCUAGAAAGCUUUUCGAUGUUAUGAUAACCAAGGGUUGUAAACCUGAUGUUUUUAGUUACAGCAUCUUAAUUAACGGAUAUUGUAAGGCCAAAAGGAUAGAUGAGGCCAAGCAACUUUUUAAUGAAAUGAUUCAUCAAGGCUCAACUCCGAACAAUGUUAGUUACAACACUCUUAUUCAUGGAUUAUGCCAAUUAGGCAGACUUAGGGAAGCACAAGAUCUUUUCAAGAAUAUGCACACUAAUGGAAACCUCCCAAAUUUAUAUACUUACGCAAUAUUGCUUGAUGGCUUUUGCAAACAAGGGUAUCUUGGUAAGGCAUUGAGAUUGUUUCGAGCAAUGCAAAGUACUUACUUGAAGCCUAAUUUGGUGAUGUAUAACAUCCUAGUUAAUGCCAUGUGCAAAUCCGGGAAUCUUAAAGAUGCAAGGGAACUGUUUUCAGAACUCUUUGUCAAAGGGUUGCAGCCUAAUGUUCAGAUAUACACUACAAUAAUAAAUGGACUUUGUAAAGAAGGGUUGUUAGAUGAAGCAUUAGAAGCUUUCCGAAAUAUGGAAGACGAUGGCUGCCCUCCAGAUGAAUUUUCUUAUAAUGUUAUUAUCCGAGGAUUUCUCCAGCACAAGGAUGAAUCAAGGGCAGUGCAUCUUAUCGGUGAAAUGAGAGACAGAGGUUUCAUUGCAGAUGCGGGAACCACAGCUUGAUAGAAGAUCUGUUAUCUAAUGAAGACAAUCUUGUUCUGAAGAAGUAUCUAGGCUUACGUGAAGUCGUCAUGGUGAAAAAGGCUUAUGUCAAUUUUUCAUGCUGCUAAUUCACACUGCAAAUAUUAGAAUGUUCUCAAUUACUGUUGCCUUAUGGAUGCAAGUGGAUGCUACCCCCAAUUCUGCAAAUGAGAAACAAAUAAAUACGCAAACAGCCCUGUGGGGAAGCGCGGCGAGUUGAGUGGAGUAAGAUUCAGACACCUACUGAUGAAGUAGUGGUUCCAUAUGAUACCUUGGAGUCAGCUCCUGAGGACCCAGAGGAAACCAAGAAGCUUUUUGACAAGCUUGUUGUUUUGCAGGUUAAUGGAGGUUUGGUUUGGGGACAACAAUGGGAUGCACUGGUCCUAAAUGUGUAAUCUUUUGUUUGUUAUGCUGUCAAAUUGCUAGGGAAAAAAGAAG